AUUCACAAAUUAAAGUGCCUACGUAGAAGAUCACAAACUGUUCCGGCAAGAGAGAUGCUGCUCUAUGUUAGAUGCUUAUCCUGUCAGUUAUUAAAGGAGGGUCAGUGGAUGUUUCCAGGGGAAUAUAUCAGUACGCUCAAGACUCUGGAUGAUAUAUUCGCUCAGAAAUCAAUAGAAUAUAUUUAUGAAAAGAAUAUGAAGGAUGAAUUCAAAUCCGGUCUUUGGGAAGAUAUAAAGGCAACAACAAAAUCAGCAUACCGUCCACCCAAACAAACAGAGGAUGCUCAAUUGAUACUCAAAAAAGAUUGCGCGGGGGUUGAUCUGGUGUUCUUUGCCCUUUUAAAAAAGAAAAAGUUAGCUGGAGGUGCACAACUUAUAGAAAAGGGAUGUGUUGGUGUAAGAUCAAUUUUGAUUGGAUGUAAGAUAUUAACCAAUCACACAGAGGAAUGGAGAACUUCGGAGACUGAAAAAAAGGAUUUUGAAGAUUUGGCAAUAAAAUUCAGUCAACACGCUUUUAGCAUCAUGAAUUACAUCCAAGAGAAGGACGAACUGGAAAGGCUAAAAAGUCCCACCGGGUGGAUAAACAAUAUAAAACAUUUCUUCAUCAAAGAGGAUGAGGUGUCUAACAAGGCUGGGAGACUACUACUGAAUCAUGGUUAUUUGGAUGUUGCAUAUAAAACAAAGAAUGAAUGUUUUCUGGAAAAUCCCAAGCUGAAAACUAUCAUUAAAGAGCUCUGGUAUGGGGAGGAAUAUCAGACAAGAAGGAAAAUAGACACAUGGAUAAUGAGGUGCAGGGAAGAAUAUUUAUUCUUUGGGAAUAGAUUUCUUGGUUGUAGAAGUGUUGAUUUGUCAUGUAUGUUUCCUGGUGGACAUGAACUCGUGUGUCUCCUCACAACCAAACAUUUAAAUCUCCACGAUAACUAA